AAUUUCAUGUGGUGUUGUUCAUUCCAACGGUCAACCGUUGCCCAAACAAGCAACGGCUUCCCGAAACUCAAACGCCUUCUACCUAUUUUACAAAAAGACACUGGUCAUUUCUGUCGAGUCUGGGAUACUAGAGCUCUCUUAGAGCUCUAUUCCCUCCCAUCCCUACCAUGACAAUGACCCCGAGCUCUCCUAGAUUACCGAGUCCUCCUCCGCCGGCCGAGGACCAGAUCGGCCCUCAGUCGCCGGCCAUGGGCACCGAAGCAGGCCGUCAAGCAUCCCAGCUGGAGCAGGCGCUGCUCGAUGCGAAUUCAAAACGCCGCAUUCACCCGGGCACCAAGGCGCACGACAUGGCGGCCGGUCCGCCACUGAUUCCUCUUAAUGAACUCGAUUCUGCAUUCCAGCUCCAAGAACAUCUCGCCGCCCUCCAUUUCCACCACACCAAGGGCAACACCCAAGCGAUUACCCGCGCGACGGCCAUCCAGCUCGCCACGCCCCCCUUCGCCAUCGACCGCACCCUCUGGCUCUACGAGCUCUGCCGCUUCCUCAUAGCCCAGUGUAACUCCCUCAUCGUCGGCUUCCUGUUCGACGCGCCCCCGUGCAGCGCCCACACGUGCCCGGAGAUGCGCGCCUCGGAAUGGCAGUUCCUCUGCGCCGUGCACGAGCAGCCCAAGAGCUGCUGCGCCAUCGACUACUGCUGCCACACUCUCGACUGGGCCGCCAACGUCGUCACCGACCCCAAGAUCUUCCCCAGCCGCUUCGUCGUCUCGUCCGACGCCCACAGCAAGAGCGUCGCCGUCAAGAACCUCGUCAACGUCUUUCGCCGCCUCCACCGUAUCUUCGCCCACGCCUGGUUCCAGCACCGCGCCGUCUUCUGGAACGUCGAGAACCAGUCCGGCCUUUACGUCUUGUUCAAGACGGUCUGCGACAUGUACGACCUGCUCCCCGCAGAGAACUACAAGCUGCCCCCCGAGGCGGAAGGGCUGGAGACUGCUGCUGCUGGUGCCGCUGCUGGUGCCGCUGCUGGUGCUGCUGCGGCUGCGGCUGCACAUGACGGGGGCUUGCUUGAGGCCGGCGAGGCGAAGAAACCGAUCCAGCCAGUUAGUAUCGCGAAGCCUCCCCAUCGUCAGCAGCAACAACUACAACAACAACAACAACAGCAACAACAACAACAACAACAGCAACAGCAGCCACCACAACAGCCACCGCAACCACAACAACAGCAGCAGCAGCAGCAGCAAGGGGGAGAGCUGGGUGACGACGAUGGCCACCAGUCUCUCGGCAGGAACAACACCAGGAGACAUAUCCGAGCCAGUCCCUCGACGGGCAGUGCUGUGACGACUGUCAUGGAAACCGACGAGGAGGACCACGACGUGACGAGAAAGCUGCAGAACAUGCACAUUUCAGCUCCGAUGGCCGUGCAGGAGGAAUACGAAGUCGCCGAGGUUCCCGUCAUCGUGGAGCAGGGAAUCAUGGCCGAUGCCUCACCGCAGGAUGACUCGGCCGCUGGUGAGGAGGACGAGGUGAAGGAGGUGCAGCCAACAGCGUCCGAAGGCGAUUCCCCUGCAAAGUUGACCGACGAUGAGAAUUCGGCCCAGGACGUUGAGAAGGGUGAAACGGGCGAAACCCCGGUCCCGGAUGCGCCAGUGCCAGUUCUGGAACCCGAACCGGAAUCAACCGCGGCGUCUUCGGCGGGACCUGGUCCCCAGGAGGAAGGGGACAGUGUCGGGGAUAAUACCGUCGUCCACGAGGAAGGGGUAGAAGGAACGGAUGACACCGGGGUGGACCACCAGGAUUUUGCCCAACCUUCUAGCACCGUCGACAAGCCUGAAGAAGCAGCGGGGGCAGUGGGGGCAGACGAUGCCGUGCCCCCUGGCGAGGAGGCCGAGGGUUCGGACGAGAUACGUCCAGCAGAGACUAAUAGCACGGAGAAAGAAGAUAAAGAAGAGAAGGAGAAGGAGAAGGAGAAGGAGAAGGAGAAGGAGAAGGAGAAGGAGAAGGAGAAGGAGAAGGAGAAGGAGAAGGAGAAGGAGAAGGAGAAGGAGGAGAAGGAGAAGGAGGAGGAGAAGGAGGAGGAGGAGAAGGAGGAGGAAAAGGAGAAGGAGGAGGAAAAGGAGAAGGAGGAGAGCUAGUGGUCAGUGUCGGCUUGAACAUAAGUUGUGUACCUGUAUAUCAUAAUAUGCAUCAGGGAGAGUGCUAGAUGUCGUGAAUAUGCGC